UUUCACUAACUCAACGACGGUCUUACAGAAGACUCCAAUAUUUUUCGAGCAGGCAAUUCGCGGAUCCAUCGUUAAUUUUGGGCACUUGCAGAAAGCCCAGUUGCGAACGUCGUCGUGUGUCGUCUUAGAAAAGCCACUCCUCCAACCGGAAAACCGCAAGAGCGUCGAGCCCUUGUUUUGCGAGCCUUUUCGAAAAAAGCUGGGAAUUUCACGCCGUAUUUUUCGUAUCUUUUCCGUCAACGAAACGCCGCGUGUGUCGUAGUGUGCGUGUGUGUGUUCUGUGUGCCCGCCCAUCUGUGCAUGUGUGAGAGCGCGCCUGUGUGUGUGAAUUUUGGUGAGAGCCGCAACAACAACCGAAAAGAAAACCAAAAUCGACAAAUGCGGUCAAAUUGAAAAGAAAAACAAAAAAUCAAAGAGUAUUCUUGCGCAAAGCCAAAAGGCAAAGUCAAAAAAGAGCGCAAAGCCAAAAAAACGCAGAUUUCCCAACGAAAAGGCCGGAAAAUUGCCCACUAGGCGUGUCGCUGCUUCUUCUUGUUCUUUCAAAUUGUUUAUGCUGCAAUUGCAGUGGUGUGCGAAAGGAGUGGUAGAGAGAGAGAGAAGGAAAAGCGUCUUAUCAACGCCCGCUUUCUUAUCAGAACCCACACAUUUGUUGCGAAAAUUCCAACCAGCCGAAACUCACAGUGAAGCUUUAAAUAGCACAUCAAACAAACAGUUGCCCAGCUAUCAGCGAAUCGGUCAAUUUCAUUUGGAGAAGCCAAAGAUUGAGGAAAUCCAUUGACCGACGGUUUUACAGCAUUCAAUCAAGCGCAAAUUGGCUCAACUUGCAAAAAGGGCACAUUUUCGGCCUUGCAAAUUCCAAUCUUGAAACUAAAUGACGCCUGUGUCUGAAACCGAGACCCUGCUGCCAAAUACCGCAACGCUGGACGCCAGACGACGGCCACAAAUUAGCCAGCCAGCCGUAGAUUUGCAAGUCUAAGGAGUCGCCCUGCCCACCAGAACGCAGAAGGGGAUCCCUGUUCAAAGGAGCCAGCGAAGGCCACACACAGGAGAAAGAUCAAAAGGAGCACCAGCCAGUGUGACUGCGACUAUUUUUCGGGAGCGCCAAAGGAUUCAUUAAAAAACCGCCAACCUGGAACUAAUGGAAUUAGAGAAUAUUGUGGCCAAUACGGUCUACUUGAAAGCGAGAGAAGGUGGUUCCGACAGCAACAAGGGAAAGAGCAAAAAAUGGCGCAAAAUAUUGCAAUUCCCACACAUAUCGCAAUGCAUCAACCUGAAAGACAAAUUAGAUAUAAGCUAUGGCUACGUGAUAGAUCAGCAACCCAUUGGUCGUGAGCUCUUCCGUCUGUUUUGCGAGAACAAACGGCCCGUCUACUUUCGCUACAUCACCUUCCUGGAUGAGGUGGUCAAAUACGAGAUCGAGUACAUCUCGAACCGCAUAUUCAUUGGCCAUGACAUCGGCCGUCGCUUCUUGGAUGUCGAGGCACAGCUGGAGCUGCGCAACGGCAGCGGGGGCGACGCCUUGGACGCCGAGACGCAGGAGGAGCUGCUGCUCAACAGCAGCAAUGCCAAUCCAACUGAAACAGCUGAGACUGAACACUGCAACAAUACCACCGCCAACAACUGCAACAACAUCAACAACAGCAACAACUCGCAGCACAGCAGCGACAUCAAUCACAAGAAGCUGGACACGCGCAAUCACAACGGCGACGACGCCACUGGGAACGGGAGCAGCCACCAGGACGACGGGGACGAGAGCGUCAAGUGCCAGGAGGGCCAUGACGAUGCGGAAAAGGGUGGUGGCGGAGAGGGAGGCGGCGGCGGAAAGUGUGUCCCCGUGGGCGGGUAUCCUGACGAACUCGUGUUGGACGUGCUUAACGAUGAUCUCAUUGCGCAAGUGCGUAACAAACUCAACAGCGGCGGCAAGGACAUCUUUGCCCAGUGUGUGAACGCGGUUAAGGCGUUCCUGGCCGGCGAACCGUUCCGGGAGUUUGAGAGCUCUAUGUAUUUUCACCGAUACUUGCAAUGGAAGUGGCUUGAGGCGCAGCCCAUCACCUACAAAACGUUUCGCAUGUACCGGGUGCUCGGAAAGGGCGGCUUCGGCGAGGUGUGCGCCUGUCAGGUGCGGGCCACUGGGAAAAUGUACGCGUGCAAAAAGCUGGAGAAAAAGCGCAUCAAGAAGCGCAAGGGCGAGUCGAUGGUGUUAAUCGAGAAGCAGAUACUGCAGAAAAUCAACUCGCCGUUCGUGGUCAAUCUGGCCUACGCGUACGAGACAAAGGACGCCCUCUGCCUGGUGCUGACCAUAAUGAAUGGCGGCGAUUUGAAAUUCCACAUUUACAACAUGGGCGGCGAACCAGGCUUUGAACUGGAGCGUGCCCGCUUCUAUGCCGCCGAGGUGGCCUGUGGACUGCAGCACCUGCACAAGCAGGGCAUCGUCUACCGGGAUUGCAAGCCGGAAAACAUCCUCCUUGACGAUCACGGCCAUGUGCGCAUUUCCGACCUGGGACUGGCCGUCGAGAUACCGGAGGGCGAGAUGGUGCGCGGCCGGGUGGGCACAGUGGGCUACAUGGCCCCCGAGGUCAUCGACAACGAGAAGUACGCCUUCUCCCCGGACUGGUUCAGCUUCGGCUGCCUGCUGUACGAGAUGAUCGAGGGCCAAGCGCCGUUCCGGAUGCGCAAGGAGAAGGUCAAGCGCGAGGAGGUGGACAGGCGCGUUAAGGAGGACCCCGAAAAGUAUUCAAGCAAGUUUAAUGAUGAAGCCAAAUCAAUGUGCCAACAGCUGUUAGCUAAAUCGAUAAAGCAGCGCCUGGGCUGCCGCAACGGUCGCAUGGGCGGGCAGGAUGUGAUGGCCCACCCGUUUUUCCACUCCACCCAGCUCAAUUGGCGUCGCCUGGAGGCUGGUAUGCUGGAGCCACCCUUUGUGCCAGACCCGCACGCCGUUUACGCCAAAGAUGUGCUCGAUAUUGAACAGUUCUCUACGGUGAAGGGCGUCAAUAUCGACGAAUCCGACACGAAUUUCUAUACGAAAUUCAACACAGGCUCCGUGUCCAUUUCCUGGCAGAACGAGAUGAUGGAGACCGAGUGCUUUCGGGAACUGAAUGUUUUUGGUCCCGAGGAGUGUCCCACGCCAGAUUUGCAAAUUAAUGCAGCGCCCGAACCAGACAAGGCGGGCUGUUUCCCCUUUCGCCGGAAGAAGAAGCAGCCGGCUCGCACUCAGCCCAUACCCAUUCCGGAGCAUCUGUUAACCACUAGUCACAGCGUGUCCUCCACGACGGUCGAAAGCUGAUAGCAGAGAUCAGUCGAGGAUGCCUUUAAGCGGACGCCUGACGUAGACGUCGACACAUAGCACAAAUUGCGCACAGUUACCCCGGAUCGGAAGAGUUCAGCAGGAGCAUAAUAACUUUAGAGCACAACCUAAUUAUAAAACCGAAACUACAUCGGUUUAUCCUUCAGUUGACGCGCAAGAAGCAUUUUUGAAAUUGUACUUUUACAUCAAAUUUUCUAAUGAAAGUUGUUCAAGCUGAUUUCGACACACAAUAUAUAUUUAUAAAUGUUUCAAAAAGACUCCUAACCGAAACAACACACACAUUGAGCACACAUUAGAGAGUUAAUUAAUUGUAAUUGUGGUAACAAGAAUACCACUUACUAUACCACUUUGAGAGCUAAGGCCGUCAGUUUGUCACAGCACCCAAAAAUAAUGUUACUUAAAUACGAGCGCUAUACAAUAUACACGCGUCGCCAGAAGCGGGACAACGGCGGAUGGGCAGGAACAGCACUACGUAGACGGCUGAGUAAUAUGUAAUUUUUGUAUAGUAGUUUGUGAUCGACGGGACAGCGUUGGACGAUAGAUGUUCUAGUUAGCAUUUGUAAGUUAAGAAAAUGACAUGAAUACUCGAAAACUUGAAUGCAUUUUUAACAAAUACUUAACACAUGCUACUACGUUGUACAUGCGUAGAUGCGAUACAAGCGUGCAACCUAAUCAGAUGUAAAUGUAAAAUCUUUAAUUAUUUAUACGACUCCUAAGUUUUAUUGCCGCACUCUUUUGCUAAGCUUUUCAUAUCGUUCUUUUACUUUUUCUGUUGCCUAAGUUUAAGUUGCCGAAGGUUCCCAUGGAAGAACGUUAUUACUGAUAUUUGUUUCGUCACGUAAUUAAAUGAACAGCAGCAGCAGUUAUGCUAACUAAUGCAAAUUCAUUGAGAUAUCGAUGUCAGCUAGCGUCUAAGUUUUGUGUAAUAGUAGCGUAGGCAUUUUGUAAUUAGCAAUUAGCAACAAAGAAAGAAACAAAAGUAAACCAAUUGGAGAAUUUAUUAUGUUAGUAUGAAAAUUAAUUAUGAUUAUCGAACCGGUUGGCUGGCAGCAUGGAACGCGCCAGCUGAACGUCUUAGUUUCAAUUCACUUGAUUUAGGCACAACUAGUAAAUUGUAAGGCAUAUAAUGAACAACUACUAACAGCACAACCAACCAGCAUUCAAAACAGCAAACGCCAUCAGCAUCAGCUCCAAAUCCAAUUUAGCACCACGACUACAUAAAGUAAACCAAACUGAGCAAGCGCCGAAAUAUUUAUCUCUAGCAAUUAAAGGCAUAUUUAUAGAGCAUCGUAAAUACCAGAUAUACAUACAUAAAUAAAUCUAUUCUGUAAGCGAAAUAAUACAAAAUACAACCGAAAAGUCAAGAGAUGGACACUCAAAAACAAU